AUGGACAGCACAAAGAAGAAGAAUGGCAAUUACAAAGAUGAUCUUCUUCUUAGGAUGGGACUUAAUGAUAAUAAAGCGGGGAUGGAAGGAUUAGAUAAAGAGAAAAUAAACAAAAUUAUAAUGGAAGCCACAAAGGGGUCCAGAUUUUAUGGAAAUGAGCUCAAGAAAGAAAAGCAAGUAAACCAACGAAUUGAAAAUAUGAUGCAACAAAAAGCUCAAAUUACAAGUCAGCAGCUAAGGAAAGCACAAUUACAGGUUGACAGGUUUGCAAUGGAAUUAGAACAGAGCCGGGAUCUGAACAAUACCAUAGUGCACAUCGACAUGGAUGCUUUCUAUGCAGCUGUAGAAAUGAGGGACAAUCCAGAACUGAAAGAUAAACCCAUUGCUGUAGGAUCAUCAAGUAUGUUGAGUACUUCAAAUUACCACGCAAGGAGGUUUGGUGUUCGAGCAGCCAUGCCAGGAUUUAUUGCUAAAAGGCUCUGCCCACAACUUAUUAUAGUGCCUCCAAACUUUGACAAAUACCGCGCUGUGAGUAAAGAGGUUAAGGAAAUACUUGCUGAUUAUGAUCCCAAUUUUAUGGCCAUGAGUCUUGAUGAAGCCUACUUGAAUAUAACAAAGCACUUACAGGAAAGACAAAAUUGGCCUGAGGACAAAAGAAGGUGUUUCAUCAAAACAGGGCACUCUCUAGAAAAUGAUAAACCACGAAAGGAAAUUAAUAAACUGAGUGAGCAUGAACGAUCCAUCUCCCCACUACUUUUUGAAGACAGUCCUCCUGAUUUGCAGUCUCCAGGAAAUACUUCCCAAGUGAACAGUGAAGAACAAAAUAAUCCUCAAAUACUUCAGAAUUCAGUUGUUUUUGGAACAUCAGCCGAGGAAGUGGUAAAGGAAAUUCGCUUCAGAAUUGAGCAAAAAACAACACUGACAGCCAGUGCAGGCAUUGCCCCAAACACAAUGUUAGCAAAAGUAUGCAGUGAUAAGAAUAAACCAAAUGGACAAUACCAGAUUCUCCCCAGAAGGCAAGCUGUGAUGGACUUCAUCAAGGACUUACCCAUUAGAAAGGUUUCUGGAAUAGGAAAAGUUACAGAGAAAAUGCUAAAGGCCCUAGGAAUUACUACUUGUACCGAACUCUACCAACAGAGGGCAUUACUUUCUCUUCUUUUCUCUGAAUCAUCUUGGCAUUAUUUCCUUCAUAUUUCCAUGGGUCUAGGUUCAACACACCUGACAAGGGAUGGAGAGAGGAAAAGCAUGAGUGUUGAGAGGACAUUCAGUGAGAUAAGUAAAGUAGAGGAACAGUACAAGUUGUGCCAAGAACUUUGCAGUGAACUUGCUCAAGAUCUGCAGAAAGAAGGACUUAAGGGUAGAACUGUUACCAUUAAGCUGAAGAAUGUGAAUUUUGAAGUAAAAACUCGUGCAUCUACAGUUUCAUCUGUUGUGUCUACUGCAGAAGAAAUAUUUGCUAUUGCUAAAGAAUUGCUAAGAACAGAAAUUGAUGCUGAUUUUCCACAUCCCUUGAGAUUAAGACUUAUGGGAGUACGGCUCUCUGGUUUUCCCAAUGAAGAAGAUAAGAAACACCAACAACGGAGUAUUGUUGGUUUCUUACAGGCUGGAAACCAAACCCUGUCAGCCACUGGGUGUACAGAGAAAACUGACAAAGAUCAGUUUUUAAAACCUGUAGAAAUGUCUCAUAAGAAGAGUUUCUUUGAUAAAAAACGAUCGGAAAGGAAAUGGAGUCACCAAGACACAUUUAAAUAUGAAACUGUGAAUGGACAAGGUGUACAGACAUCACAGUCAUUCCAAGUUUUAAAGAAGAAGAUGAGUGAGAAUUUAGAAACAUCAGAGAGUUCAAACAACCAUCAGAUGUUUACCUGUCCCGUUUGCUUUAGAGAGCAAGGAAGCAUCAGUCUGGAUGCCUUUAAUAAACAUGUAGAUGCAUGUCUCAGUGGACCUUCGACGAGUGAAAUGUUCUCAUGUUCACAUGCUUCCUCUACAGAAGUUAACAAGAAAGAAAAUGUACAUCAUUCUUUUUCACUCUGUGAGAAGCAGGAUUCUGAAACCCAUCAGAAGAAGACAGAAAUCACUUCGGAAGAUUGUGUCCAGUUGGUAGAGGCUGUAGGUAAUGCAUCUAAAGCAGAAAGUGUAGAUGCUUCAAGUAAUAAGCUCAGCGAAGAGGGAUAUUCUAGUCUUCCAAGCACAUCGUUUAAUAUUGAACACUGUCAUCAGAAUUCUUCUUGUACUGUUUCGUUGCAAAAUGAAGAUUCCACGUCAUCGAGAAGGCAAGAAACCCUCCAGCCUUGCUCAUAUGAAGUGAUAACAGACCAGGCUCUAAUAUGUCCUGUUUGUAACCUAGAACAAAAGACUUCAGAUCUUACCCUGUUCAAUGUGCAUGUGGAUAUCUGUUUAAAUAAAGGCAUUAUCCAGGAACUGGAAAAGGAUAAAGUUAGCCCAGUAAAUCAGCCCAAAGGAAGCACCAGAAGUACUGGUAACUCAGGCAGAGUACAGAAGACCAUAAUAAAACCCAAAAGGUCAGGAUCGAUGACAAAAUCCUCAACAACAAAGAAAAUAAAACCAAACAAUCCCAGACACACCCUGGAUACCUUUUUUAAGUGA